GGUUCCGGGGAGCCCGUGGGUGUGGGAGAAAGGCGGAGGACUUUGCUUUUGGUACCGGAAAGAAAGUGAAGUUUGGGGAGAGCACGGGACUAAGGCGCAACAGAAAGAAAAAUGGGUAUUAGGAGAAAAACUGAGUUUGGGGGGACUGUUUUUUUUUUUUUUUUCCAGCUUCCUUUCCAAGACUUUCUUUGCUCCACUUUGCUCCUCCCCCUCUUCCCCGCCUCCUCUCCCCCCUCCCCCUCCUCCUCCUGCGCGGUAAUGGGAGGCUCCUAGGCAGAAGCAAAAGAAGGAAUUGUUUGCGAGUUCAGUCAUCCAAAAAAGCUUCUUCCAUAUGGAGGGACCGGGUGCGCAGGGCGCGGCGUCCCCUGCCUUGUCCUCCCGCUGCUGCCGCCGCGGCCCCCGCUUCCUGCCGCAGGGACCCUGAGCCCCGGCCCGCCGGUGUCAGACGCCGCGAGCGCACACGCACACUCACACUUACACACACACGCGCACACACACUUCCACUCACGCCCGCCGCAGCCGCACGCACCCGCACGCGCCCUCCCUCCCCGGCCCGCAGCUUCUCGGUCCGGGGCUCCUUUGUUGCUCCCGCGGCCGCCGCUCUCCCGUAUUGUGUGUCCCCGGGUGUCACUGUGCGGGUUGUGUGUCCGUGCGGCACCGGGCUGUGUGGCUCUCUCCGCGCCCACCGCGCCCCCGGGCCCCGGCUCACCCUUCCCAGGAGCCGGCUGCACCAGAGGCAAUAAAUCAAUAUCCAUUUUCUCAAGGGCAGCAUGACAGUAUUUAAACAGUCUCCUUGGACUAAGGUGGGGACUGAUGCCCCCAUACAUCUGUCCAACCUGUUUCCUGAACUUAAAGUGAAUCUGAGGCAAGAGUUUGGCCGUUUUGAGGCCCAGAACAAGCUUCCUGGAACCCGUGACCCAUGAAGUCUUGUCAACAUUCACAUCGUCUGAGGGUAUCAGCAAUGAAGUAGAAGAAGCAGAGUGUAGCAGGGGAUUGCGGUACCUCUUUGAGUGACUCCUUUGGCUUACGGGACGUUGACACACCAUGCCGCGUGGGAUGAUGAUAACGCAGAGAGGAAAGAGGUCCGAGGUCACACUUGCUUGCCUCCUCUUGGCCAUGGCGGGCUGCUUCGCAAACCUGAACGAGGUUCCUCAGGUCACUGUCCAGCCUUCUUCCACCGUCCAGAAGCUCGGAGGAACCGUGAUCUUGGGCUGCGUGGUGGAGCCCCCCUGGAUGAACACCACCUGGCGCCUGAACGGGAAGGAGCUGAAUGGCUCGGACGAUGCCCUGGGCGUCCUCAUCACCCGCGGGACCCUCGUCAUCACUGCCCUCAACAACCACACUGUGGGACGGUACCAGUGUGUGGCCCGGAUGCCUGCAGGGGCUGUGGCCAGCGUACCAGCCACCGUGACACUAGCUAAUCUCCAGGACUUCAAGUUAGACGUGCAGCAUGUGAUUGAAGUGGAUGAGGGGAACACGGCGGUCAUCGCCUGUCACCUUCCUGAGAGCCACCCAAAAGCCCAGGUCCGAUACAGCGUCAAACACGAGUGGCUGGAGGCCUCCAGAGAUAACUACCUGAUCAUGCCGUCGGGGAACCUCCAGAUUGUGAACGCCAGCCAGGAGGACGAGGGGAUGUACAAGUGCGCUGCCUACAACCCAGUGACCCAGGAAGUGAAAACCUCGGGCACCAGUGACAGGCUGCGCGUGCGCCGCUCCACUGCUGAGGCUGCCCGCAUCAUCUACCCGCCAGAGGCCCAGACGAUCGUUGUCACCAAAGGCCAGAGUCUCAUCCUGGAGUGUGUGGCCGGUGGGAUCCCACCCCCGAGGGUCACCUGGGCCAAGGAUGGGUCCAGUGUCGCCAGCUACAACAAGACACGUUUCCUGCUGAGCAACCUCCUCAUUGACACCACCAGCGAGGAGGACUCUGGGACCUACCGCUGCAUGGCUGACAACGGGGUUGGGGAUCCCGGGGCCGCGGUCAUCCUCUACAACGUCCAGGUGUUCGAACCCCCCGAGGUCACCAUGGAGCUGUCCCAGCUGGUCAUCCCUUGGGGCCAGAGCGCCAAGCUCACCUGUGAGGUGCGAGGGAACCCCCCGCCCUCCGUGCUGUGGCUGAGGAACGCCGUGCCCCUCACCUCCAGCCAGCGCCUCCGACUGUCCCGUAGGGCCCUGCGGGUGGUCAGUGUAGGGCCCGAGGAUGAAGGCGUCUACCAGUGCAUGGCCGAGAAUGAAGUCGGGAGCGCCCACGCUGUGGUCCAGCUGAGGACCGCCAGGCCGGGCACCACCCUGCGGCCAUGGCGGGAUGCUAAGCCGGCCACUGCCACGCCUCCUGUGCCCCCGCCCGGACCCGGAAGCCCUGCGCAGAUGCCAAAGGGCCACCCAGGGGUCCUGAGGCCUCCGGCGUCGGCGCAGCCAGCGCCCUUGCCGUGCCUGGGAGAGCAGGGGCAGGCGGCCCCCGCCGAGGCGCCUGUCAUCCUCAGCUCGCCCCGCACCUCCAAGACUGACUCGUACGAGCUGGUGUGGCGGCCUCGGCACGAGGGCAGCGGCUGGGCACCGAUCCUCUACUAUGUGGUGAAACACCGCAAGCAGGUCACAAACUCCUCUGACGACUGGACCAUCUCUGGCAUUCCAGCCAGCCAGCACCGCCUGACCCUCACCAGACUCGACCCUGGGAGCUUGUAUGAAGUAGAGAUGGCAGCCUACAACUGUGCAGGCGAAGGCCAGACGGCCAUGGUCACCUUCCGAACUGGACGGCGGCCCAAACCUGAAAUCAUGGCCAGCAAAGAGCAGCAGAUCCAGAGAGAUGACCCCGGAGCCAGCCCCCAGAGCAGCAGCCAGCCGGACCACGGCCGCCUGUCCCCCCCAGAAGCUCCAGACAGGCCCACUAUCUCCAUGGCCUCUGAGACCUCAGUGUAUGUGACUUGGAUUCCACGUGGGAAUGGCGGCUUCCCCAUCCAGUCCUUCCGAGUGGAGUACAAGAAGCUGAAGAAAGUGGGGGACUGGAUUCUGGCCACCAGCGCUAUCCCUCCCUCCCGGCUCUCGGUGGAGAUCACAGGCCUAGAGAAAGGCACCUCCUACAAGUUCCGAGUCCGGGCUCUGAACAUGCUGGGGGAGAGCGAGCCCAGCGCCCCCUCCCGGCCCUAUGCUGUGUCAGGCUACAGCGGCCGCGUGUACGAGAGGCCCGUGGCAGGCCCUUACAUCACCUUCACCGAUGCCAUCAACGAGACCACCAUCAUGCUCAAGUGGAUGUAUAUUCCAGCAAGUAACAACAACACCCCAAUCCAUGGCUUUUAUAUCUAUUACCGACCCACGGACAGUGACAAUGAUAGUGACUACAAGAAGGAUAUGGUGGAAGGGGAUAGAUACUGGCACUCCAUCAGCCACCUGCAGCCAGAGACCUCCUAUGACAUUAAGAUGCAGUGCUUCAACGAAGGAGGGGAGAGUGAGUUCAGCAACGUGAUGAUCUGUGAAACCAAAGCCCGGAAGUCUUCUGGUCAGCCUGGUCGACUCCCACCCCCAACUCUGGCCCCGCCACAGCUACCACCCCAUGAAACCAUAGAGCGGCCGGUGGGCACAGGGGCCAUGGUGGCCCGCUCCAGUGACCUGCCCUACCUGAUUGUCGGGGUCGUCCUGGGCUCCAUCGUCCUCAUCAUCGUUGCCUUCAUCCCCUUCUGCUUAUGGAGGGCCUGGUCUAAGCAAAAACAUACAACAGACCUGGGUUUUCCUCGAAGUGCCCUUCUGCCUUCCUCCUGCCAAUACACUAUGGUACCACUGGGAGGGCUCCCAGGCCACCGAGCCAAUGGGCAGCCCUACCUCAGUGGCACCAGCGGACGGGCCUGUACCAAUGGGGUACAUGUGAACAGGGCCUGCCCUGCAGCUGCCAUGGGCUACCCAGGCAUGAAGCCUCAGCAGCGCCGCCCAGGGGAGCUUCAGCAGCAGGAUGACACCAACAGCACGCUGAGGCAGACCGUUCUUGGCAGUGGAUGUGACCCCCCCAGUCACCAGAUUCCCAGGGCUCCCAAGCCUAACCCGGACGAGGGCUCUUUCUUGUACACACUGCCCGAUGACUCAGCUUGCCAGCUGCUCCAGCCUCAGCAGGACUGCCACCACCUCCAGGGGCAGCCAGCAGCCACGGGCCAGCCCGGCAUGAGGCGUGUACCCCAGGGUCCUGGGCUGGAAGCCACGUGGGACCCUCUUUCUCACCCAGGGCCCCGGUGCUGCUUGGGCCUCGUACCGGUUGAAGAGGUGGCCAGUCCUGACUCCUGCCCUGCGGGGAGAGGAGACUGGUGUCCCCAGCACCCCGUGGGGGCCUACGUAGGGCAGGAACUUGGGAUGCGGCUCUCCCCCAGCCCACCGGUUCACGUGUCUUUUGAAACACCACCUCCUACAAUUUAGGCAGAAGCUGAUAUCCUAGAAAGACACUAUAUAUUGUUGUUUCUUUUAAAAAGAGAGGAAAUUGGUAUUUAUUUUUCUAUAAUAGCCAUAUUUAUAUAUUUAUGCACUUGUAAAUAAAUGUAUAUGUUUUUAUAAUUCUGGAGAGACAUAGGGAAUCCUCCCCACUGAGGUCUGAGGUGGGAAGCAAAGAAGCCGCAACGGAACAGGAGUCAACGGGGAAAGAGCAGCACAGACUGAGGAGGCAGCCCGUCCCUUAGACCCUCCGCCGCUGCCUGGGCCCCUGCAGAAGGCCCACAGAGAAGGCCGUGGAAGGAGGACUCCUAGGCACACUGUCCACAGUGACUGCAAGAGAAGGGCCAGGACCAUGCGAUCAGAGGCUGCAGCCACCCGUGACAGUGGCUGGAUCUGGUGCUACAGGAAACGUUUUCCCAAGAUGCCCGUGAGACUAGACUAAGAUGUGUAUAGUACUAUAAGCAUUAACAAACCUUCCAGAAUCAAUAAUCUGUGGCAACAUAUCUCUGUAAAAAUAAACACUGUAAAUGUCUAAAUAAAUGUUUAGUCUUCCCUGUAACCUACAGCUUA